UUCUGUCAGCCUAAUCUCAUUUAGCGAAGAAGUUAUUUUGUUGCUAAAAUCAUUGUUUAGGGGGAAGUUCAAUGUUAUCAUGGGAAGGCAAUUAGCGAUACUUCCCAAACUUUGGACCCGAUCAAAAUAACGUUCUGUUGUGCGCAGUUGAGGUUGACAGAGCCGUCAUCGAAGAUAGUGUCAAUUUCGAGGGUUGUUGCCGGUUUAUUUGUUUACUGAGUCGUUGUAGGAAUUGUGUUCUUCGAGAUUGGUUAGUCCAGAUUUUGAUGCUUGGCGGUAAAGGUUCAAUGUAUAUCUUGGGGACAUCAAUUUUGCGCAGCUAUGGCGCAGUGAACUGACAACAUUCUAAACUGAAGAAAGAAGAGUCAAUCUGAAGAAAUAAUUUACCAAAACCUAGUAAAACCUAUUAAAAUGGUGUUCAAAAUUCGACACGGUCUUCUAGAAUGCACAAACUCCCCACCCAAUAAGAAAUCGGCAAUUAUUUUCAACGGCGAAUUCAUCAUUACUUCGGCGUAUAUACUCUAUCCACACUUUCGCGAAUACCAUUCAUCAUUGAAUAAUGGAAAUUCUGUUAUCGAAAAACUUAGGAGACACGAAGCAAUUAGUGGCGACAAUGAAUACCUCAAGGAGUUUGAUUUUGAAAUUACUUACGAUCGGCAUAAAGUUCAGAGCAAAGAAAAAAACCUGUUGAGGUUCAAAGCAAAGAUCCUUUACUUAUUCAAUUGUCGAGACAUUUUGGCGAGUGCGGAAAACAUCCUGAAUGGUUUACGUCAACAUGAAGCAGGAGACGACAUCGAAUCAUAUAACGCAGCAUUGCAUAAACUGAUGAUAUCGAGCUUUAUUAUAUUGCAAACUGUUUACUCUGCCAACAAAGGGGACAACUUCAAAAAAUUUAUAAUACAUAUGAAGAAUUAUAUAAAAUUCAUAAGCCCAAUCAACAAGUUGGAUGAUGUGCUAACAAUUUCCACCCCAUUUGGAAUGGAAAGUUUCUACAAAACAAUGAAUAUCGGGAAAGUGUCUAAUGUUUUUGGAAUCAACUCGUGUUUGUUCACUAUUUCCAAUAAUUUAGUGAACGGUUGUGAAGGAGCUGCUGUCAUAAACAGUAAAUUGCGUCUUAUAGGAAUGAUUACCUGUACAACAUUUCAUUGGAAUAACGAAAACGCCAACUUAACCCUCGCUGCAAAUUUUCGUCAUGUCCUUAAGGAAUUUUUACAAAAAAUUGGUGAAACGUACACAAAUGGCACAAUCAUAAGAAGCCCAUCCAAUCCUCAUUGGGAAAAUGCAGUAGUGCUACUCAGUAACGAUGGAGCAUGGGGAACAGGAAGUUUAGUGAAGAUUCGUAAAUCAAAGUUUAUUUUAACGUGUUCGCAUGUCAUUAAAACUCCAAGCGACAAAAUAUUUUGCCAUUAUACCGACGGUUCAUUUGAAGCAAAUCUUCUAUGGAUGAAUCCGCAUUACAACCGACCUUACGAUAUCGCAGUCAUCGAAAUCCCAAUAACUAUUCCGGACCAUUAUUUUUUGGAUAUAUCGAAAACCAUGCCGCAUAUCGGGCAAACAAUAUAUAGUGCUGGAUUUCCUUUGAUCUCCAAGCUUGGGAAAGACAUGUUUCGACCCAGUUUAUAUGAGGGACGUAUAGUGAAAUUUUCCCCAGGAAUGAUCAUUUCUGAUGCCAGUAUACAAGCUGGUCAAAGUGGCGGGCCACUUCUUGAUGCGAAUGGUAAACUGAUAGGUGUUUCAGUUUCAAAUUCGAAAGAUCACGAAACACAAUUGAUUUAUCCUAACAUUAACAUGUCCGUGCCAGUAGCUAAUAUUAAAUCCGAACUCGAGGAUUUUGCAAGAACCAAAGAUAUAAAUUCACUGAACAAUUUAAUUGCCGGCACAGAAAUCCAAGACGUGUGGGCAUUAAAAGCACCGCUCGUUGAAUGUAAACUUUGAUAUUCAUAUCUGAUUGCUCAUGAGCAGUUUUUCUAUAUGUAAAGCAUACUCAUUUGCCUAAAUGGUUAUAAUAAGGAAGUUAAAAUUAAACUCACUACUGUAAAAAUGUGAUAUUGUAAAUUUAUACCAUCAAAAUAAAAAAAAUAUAUUUUGUAA